AGAUACGGACGAGCCGUGGUGCAUCAUGGCACCUCCGGGAGGAUAUGCCUUUCACCCCCAGGCCUAUGCCAAGGCUGUGCUCCACCUUUGCAAGCACUCAUCUAGUUCCGUGCUUGGCCUUUUCUUGGGCCACGCUGAUGGAAGAGUCAUGAAGGUGCUGGAAGCCAUUCCGCUCUUUCAUACUCAUGCAUUGGGACCAAUGCUCAAAGUAGCUUGCAUGCUAGCAGAGGAGCACUGCAAGUCCACCGAUGCUACGAUGGAGAUUGUGGGCAUAUAUCAUGCCACAGCCUCCGGGAGCACUGAAAUGACCCCAGUGAAGGCCAUUGCCGACAAGAUCGCCGCAAACUUUGCAGCAGCAUCUGUGUGGACUCUUGAUGCAAGCAAGCUGCCAGAAAAGCAGUUUGCCUUCAAGGGCAUGGGCCGAGUCAAGGAUGAGUGGAAGGCAGUCGGUGGCAACUUGGCCAGAUGUAGGAAUCAACUUGAUAAACUGCACGUAGCAUGCAUUGUAAAGAGUUGACCAUUUUGUGGCUGUGCCAGCCGCUAAUUGACAGGUUUGUGCUUUGGAUCAGUGUGCUGUUUCCUUUGGUUUGCUUUUGUGCGGAGCCGUGUGUUGGUCCAAAGUCGGCGUGGGGACGGGUUUGUGCUUCAUUGCAGAUCCAGUUGGAUGGCUUGCGCGGUUUUCCUCUUUGUGUUUUCAAUGAAGGCGGCUUGAGAAGAAAACCGUGCUCAGGUGAUAUUGUAAACCUCAACAGCGAGGCAUCAUGGUGUUGCUUUGGUUCAUGAUUUAAGUAAUCAGAUUUUUUGUAUGCAAUACUAGUUGAAAUAGAGUGUGAGAGUUUCAAGAGAACAAACAAACUCAAAGAUCUCAAAGCAUUACAUGAUGCAAGUGGUCGAAUGAAGAACCCGUCGUUGUGCUGCCAAGGGAUGUUUUUUUCCCCAGACAGUUUACUGUUGGGGUGUUCUCUUAGAAAAAAGACACAGGACUGUCUCUGGCCACGCCCCUGAACCUUGUGUCCAAGCUCUUCUUGUCCUCCAGUUGUCCUGCUGGCGGCGCUCGCAAACCCUGUGUGCUUUUGUCCUCCUGCUGUCCUCUACCCAGGCUGGCAAACCCUGCGUCCUCCUCUUGUCUUCCUGGUGUCCUCCUGCUACGCUUGACACUUAACCCUGUUGUGGCCAGGUGUUGUCCUCCUGGUCCUCUUCUUGUCCUCCAGUUGUCCUCUGGCGCUCAAGAAUCCUGUGUCCUCCUGGCCUACACGCCGCUCCGCAGCAAGGUCCGCCCGCACCCGCCAUGAAACAGUUGCCCAACAACAAGGGCAAAAACUGUCACUCACACAGCCUCGAAAUUAGACAAGCCCUACAAGUCAAUAGCGA